ACAUUGCAGAAAGUACAAGAGUAGUCAAUGUUUAGCUUAAAUCUCUCCAAGACCUCCUUAGCGGGAUAAACACGGUGUAACACUUUGUAGGAUACUUCUUUCACUUUAUUAUUAAUGCAAAAUUUAUUUAAAACACUACAAGCUUUUUUCCACUGUACAUUGCUCAUGAUAGAUGACCAAAAGAAUUUUGCUGCAGGAGCUGUAGUAUAGUUCAAUGCAUUUCUGAUGUGUCUGUUACUGCAAGGUUUAUCAUGAAUAUUGAUAUCUCCAAUAAAAAUCUGCCUAGAACUAAAUGAGCUGGUUUCUGAUAAGUUACAGUUCUUUAAAAAUAGAAGAGAACCGGCAGGAAUUGCAUUAGAGAUAACAACAUAUUCUUUAGGUGUGAUUGUAAUCUUGAAUUUUUGAAUAAGUUCUGAAUGUGACAUCAACACACCAUUCUUAUUUAAUAAUUGACAUACAAGUAAAAUUCCAUUAUCAUACCAUGAGCAAUAAAACAGGGAUUUUCUUUUGUGUAGAAUUUCCUUGUUAUUCCAAAUAUAGUACCUAUGAGGACUGAAGUUGUGUUUAUAAGCUAAUAACCACGCUAAGAGGGCUUGUAACUAACUUCUUUCCGUUCACAAUAUUGCCAAACGAGUGGCGGGAAGGAGACCACGCCCACUGAGGAGACAGGAAGUGACGCACAUUUUCUUGACUGACAGCCAGCCAGCAUUUCGGUUUAGUUUCACUUUUUCUCAUCGUGACGCAGUUUUUUUUUUCAGAACUAUCAGAGACCAGACUGUCCUGGACCUGGACCUGAACGUGGAUCUGAAUCUGGACCUGGACCUGGACCUGGAUUUGGACUUGGACCUGGACCCAGCUGUGUGUCCAUAAAGACUGACCGGUCAAUGGAUUAUCCUGAAAACGUCAAAGAUGGACACCACUCAACAGGGUAAUGAAAACAGUAAAGAUGAAGAUAGACUGUAUAGUUAUGGCUGCAGAGCAGUAUUUAUCUUGUGUUUCUAUCAGGAGGAAGCUGGAAGAACCUGAACCCAGCUGUGUGUCCAUGAAGAGUGACCGGUCUAUGGAGCCUCCUCUAUUCUUCAAAGAUGGACGCCACUCCACAAGAAGGAGGAAGCUGGAAGAACCUGAACCGAGCUGUGUGUCCAUGAAGAGUGACCAGUCUAUGGGUUAUCCUUAUAACUUCAAAAAUGGACGCCACCCCACUAGAAGGAGGAAGCUGGAAGAACCUGAACCGAGCUGUGUGUCCAUGAAGAGUGACCAGUCUAUGGGUUAUCCUUAUAACUUCAAAAAUGGACGCCACCCCACUAGAAGGAGGAAGCUGGAAGAACCUGAACCCAGCUGUGUGUCCAUGAAGAGUGACUGGUCUAUGGAUUAUCCUUAUAACUUCAAAGACGGACACCAAUCCACCAGAAGAGUGGACCAGCAGAGCUCAGAGGUUCCCGGCGGUCAGUCGGCCGAGCAGCAUCAGACACACCUGGACUCCAUAUUUAUGCUGCUGGAGGAGAACAUCUGCACUUUUGUGAAGAACGAGCUGAAGAAGAUCCAGAAGGUUCUGAGUCCAGAUUACCAAGAAUCCUCGGAGACUCAGAGGGAGGAUGAGGGGGAUGAAGAGCAGAUGAGGAGCAGCAGAGAGGCCUUUCUGAAGAUCACACUGCACUUCCUGAGGACAAUGGAGCAGAAGGAUCUGGCUGACUGUCUGCAGAGCAGAAGUCAUUCUGGAGUUUGUCAACGUAAACUGAAGUCCAACCUGCAGAAGAAGUUCCAGUGUGUUUUUGAGGGGAUCUCUAAAGCAGGAAACCCAACCCUUCUGAAUCAGAUCUACACAGAGCUCUACAUCACAGAGGGAGGGACUGCAGAGGUCAAUGAGGAACAUGAGGUCAGACAGAUUGAAACAGCAUCCAGGAAACCAGACAGACCAGAAACAACAAUCAGACAAGAAGACAUCUUUAAAGCCUCACCUGGAAGAGAUGAACCAAUCAGAACAGUGCUGACAAAGGGAGUGGCUGGCAUUGGGAAAACAGUCUUAACACAGAAGUUCACUCUGGACUGGGCUGAAGACAAAACCAACCAGGACAUCCACUUCACAUUUCCAUUCACUUUCAGAGAGCUGAAUGUGCUGAAAGAGAGAAAGUUCAGCUUGGUGGAACUUGUUGAUCACUUCUUUCCUGAAACCAAAGAAGCAAGAAUCUUCAGGUUUGGAGAGUUCCAUGGUGUGUUUAUCUUUGACGGUCUGGAUGAGUGUCGACUUCCUCUGGACUUCCACAACACUAAAAUCAUGAAUGAUGCUACAAAGUCCACCUCAGUGGAUGUGCUGCUGACAAACCUCAUCAGGGGGACUCUGCUUCCCUCUGCUCGCCUCUGGAUAACCACACGACCUGCAGCAGCCAAUCAGAUCCCUCCUGGCUGCGUUGACAUGGUGACAGAGGUCAGAGGGUUCACUGACCCACAGAAGGAGGAGUACUUCAGGAAGAGAUUCAGAGAUAAGAAGCAGGCCGGCAGAAUCAUCUCCCACAUUAAGACAUCACGAAGCCUCCACAUCAUGUGCCACAUCCCAGUCUUCUGCUGGAUCUCUGCUACAGUUCUGGAUCUGAUGAAAACCAAAGAGGGAAAAGAGCUGCCCAAGACCCUGACUGAGAUGUACAUCCACUUCCUGGUGGUUCAGUCCAAAGUGAAGAACAUCAAGUACGAUGGAGGAGCUGAGAUUGAUCCACACUGGAGUCCAGAGAGCAGGAAGAUGAUUGAGUCUCUGGGAAAACUGGCUUUUGAUCAGCUGCAGAAAGGAAACCUGAUCUUCUAUGACUCAGACCUGACAGAGUGUGGCUUCGAUAUCAGAGCAGCCUCAGUAUGCUCAGGAGUGUUCACACAGGUCUUUAGAGAGGAGAGAGGACUGUACCAGGACAGUGUGUUCUGCUUCGUCCAUCUGAGUGUUCAGGAGUUUCUGGCUGCUCUUCAUGUUCAUCUGACCUUCAUCAAGUCUGGAGUCAAUCUGAUGGCAGAGGAACCAACAGAGACGCAUCUCUACCAGAGUGCUGUGGACAAGGCCUUACAGAGUCCAAACGGACACCUGGACUUGUUCCUCCGCUUCCUCCUGGGUCUUUCUCUGGAGGCCAAUCAGAAUCUCCUCAGAGGUCUGCUGACACAGACAGGAAGUAGCUCACAGACCAAUCAGAAUCUCCUCAGAGGUCUGCUGACACAGACAGGAAGUAGCUCACAGACCAAUCAGAAUCUCCUCAGAGGUCUGCUGACACAGACAGGAAGUAGCUCACAGACCAAUCAGACUCUCCUCAGACGUCUGCUGACACAGCCAGGAAGUAGCUCACAGACCAAUCAGGAAACAGUCCACUACAUCAAGGAGAAGCUCAACAAAGAUGUCUCUGCAGAGAGAAGCAUCAACCUGUUCCACUGUCUGAAUGAACUGAAUGAUCGUUCUCUAGUGGAGGAGAUCCAACAAUCCCUGAGAUCAGGAAGUCUCUCCACAGAUAAACUGUCUCCUGCGCAGUGGUCAGCUCUGGUCUUCAUCUUACUGUCAUCAGAAACAGAUCUGGACGUGUUUGACCUGAAGAAAUACUCUGCUUCAGAGGAGGCUCUUCUGAGGCUGCUGCCAGUUGUCAAAGCCUCCAACAAAGCUCUACUGAGUGGCUGUAACCUGUCAGAGAGGAGCUGUGGAGCUCUGUCCUCAGUCCUCAGCUCCCAGUCCUCCAGUCUGAGAGAGCUGGACCUGAGUAACAACAACCUGCAGGAUUCAGGAGUGGAGCAGCUGUGUCCUGGACUGGAGAGUCCACAUUGUAAACUGGAAACUCUCAGUCUGUCUGGCUGUCUGGUCUCAGAGGAUGGCUGUUCUUCUCUGGCCUCAGCUCUGAGAUCCAACCCCUCCCACCUGAGAGUGCUGGACCUGAGAUACAACCAUCCAGGAGACUCAGGACGGAAGCUGCUGGAGGAUCAACGCUGCAGACUGGACACUCUCAGGGCGGAGCCUGCUGGAGUCCACUGGCUGACAUCAGGUCUGAGGAAGUAUCGGCGUCAACUCACAGCCGACACAAACACAGUCAACAGAAACCUCAAACUGUCUGACAACAACAGGACGGUGACAUAUGUGAAGGAGAAGCAGUCGUAUCCUGAUCAUCCAGACAGGUUUAAUGGCUACUUGGCUCAGCUGCUGUGUGGAACUGGUCUGACUGGUCGCUGUUACUGGGAGGUUCAGUGGAGCGGAUGGGUUCAUGUGGCAGUGAGUUACAGAGGAAUCAGACGAAAAGGAGACAGUGUUGACUGUGUGUUUGGAGUCAAUGAUCAGUCCUGGAGUCUGUGGUGCUCUGGUGGUCGUUACUCUGUCUGUCACAAUAACAGAGAAACAGACAUCUCCUCCUCCUCCUCCUCCUCCUCCUCCUCCUCCUCUGGUACAGUAGCAGUGUAUGUGGACUGUCCUGCUGGCUCUCUGUCCUUCUACAGAGUCUCCUCUGACUCUCUGAUCCACCUCCACACCUUCAACACCACAUUCACUGAAACUCUUUAUCCUGGGUUAGGGUUAGUGUCUGACUCCUCAGUGUCUCUGUGAGAGGACAGACUGUCUACUCCUGUCUCCUCUUGUUAGAGGACAGACUUUCUCCUUCUGUUAGAUUACAGACUGUCUCCUCCUGUAAGAGGACAGACUGUCUCCUCCCGUCUCCUCUUGUUAGAGGACAGACUGUCUCCUCUGUCUCCUCUUGUAAGAGGACAGACUGUCCUCUAACAAGGACACGUGCGGUUUGAUCGGGAUCGGUGUGCUAUAACUUUUCUCUACGGAAUACGAAUUUUUCGCGACAUAAGUCAAUAAAAAAUUAGCGAAAAAGAACAAUAAUUGGAGAUUUUCAAACGUCUACUUCUCCGGCAUAAUUUCAUCUUGAGACUCCAUUUUGACUUUAAACAGUAGACACAAGUCUUGUGCAUUGGUAUAUUAAUCCAUGUUUCCAUAGGUCAAAUAGUUUUUUAUCAAUCCCUGUUCAGUGACCAUGAUCAUUUUUGGAGAAAUUCUGAGAUUAUAAUGGGUGUGUAUUGCAUGAAAUGUUCAUGUCAGAGUGUGUGACAUCAUCGAGUUUAGAGGGAGAGAAAAAAUUGUCAAUUUUUUUUUUUUUUUAAAUUGCGCUCCAGGCCGCAAAUUCCACUCUACAGAAAUAAUUUAUACAUAGAAAAGUAGGAAAAUUUGUCUUCUCACUCACAAUCCUCUGGUAAAGCUGUCAGAGUUAUAGUUUGGGCGUUGGAUGCACAGAUGCGCCACCAACACGCACCAACGGCCUCAUUGGCUCCCAUAUUAAAAACGCAGGAAGAUUCAUUUUUCUUAAAAAAAACAUAUGUAGCUGUUCAGGAAGAACUCAGGACGCUCAAAGUGAAGUCGGAUCAAUGAUAGGAGUUAUGGUUUUGCCAAAAAUGCUUUCUGCACGAGGCCAGAUAUUCCAGUCUGUCCACCUCUGGCUGCUGUCACUGUGGUGGAAGAUUCCACAGCUGUUAAUUUCUGUUGAUUGCUCUGCUGUGAUUGGUCGAACCCAAAGCCUUUCAUCCUUUCAUCCAUCUCUCACAGAAAGUCAGAAUCAGACAGACACACAGACACACACACACACGUAACUAUUUGAUUACAGUUACAGAUACACACACACAUGCACACAUAAGCGCGCUCACUACUCCAGAUACACAUGCUUCACACACACACACACAGAUGUAACUUUGUGAUUUUAGUUACACACACACACUCACACAUGCGCGUGUACGCGCGCACUCUACUCCAAAUACACGUUUCACACACACUCUCACACACACACACACACACACACAUUUUGAACACACCGGCAAUAGCCCCCAUGGCCCUUUCAGAAUUUCCCCACUGGGGAAAAACUACAGUUUUUGUUUAUAUUUUUGGGGAGAAUAUCUUCCUGCCGUUUCCCAGAUAUUUUAUUGAUAAAACAAUAUUUCACAUAUUUUACCUGUUUUUACUCCGGUAGAUUUUCAGUCUUUUUAUUAUUUUUUUUUAAUUAAUAAUAUUACUGACAUAUAGUUGAUUUCAUGUACUUAGUUACUUUCCAAAUGUUUCAGCUGAUGAAAUAAAUUAAUGAUUUUAUAAAGUACUAGAAUAACCUGUGACAACUUUGUUAUGAUGAUUAUUGUUGAUUAUAUUUAGUUUGAAUAAUCUGUAAAGUAACUAAAGCUGCCAGAUAAAUGUAAUGCAGUAUACUGUAGUAUUUAAUACUAUAACUACAGGAGAGUAAAUGUACUCAGUGACUGUGCUGCUCGAAUCAUCAUCACAAUAACAUUAAACUGUCAAACUGAAUAAAAACUUCUUUAUUGGAUUCUCAAUAUUUUCACAUAUUUCAUCCAAACAUUUCAGAUUUCCUGCAGAAUAAAUGUUCAGAUCAUUUAAAGUUUAUUUCAGAUGAAACUUAUAAAAUGUUCAAAUAUU